AUGGGUCAGUCCAAACCGCUUGAAAAUCUGAUAUUACCUCGAGGGAGUCUGAAGGUUGCUUCAAAGGUCCUCCUAGUAGGGCGGUUGAUGGGUAGGGCCAUUUGGCAGGUCGUUGAAACUGUUCUACCCAGAUCGUCUGGCUGGCCUCCUCCUCUGGUUGUUGUUCGUGCUCCAAAGAGGCUAUGGGCUGUUGAGGGGUCUGCUUUGACUUUUCCUUCCUUCGAGAAGGAAAUUUCCCCGAUGCCCUUGUUGUCUGCUUUUGAUAUAAAUGGAGGUGGCGAAAAUGAUCAAUUUAUUGUCCCCUUUGGUGUGGAAUACCUGUAUUAUGAGAGGCUGAGAUCUGCUGCACUCAUAUCAUUGCUGAAAGAUGAAGCUUAUAGAUGGUGGACAACUUUGACACAGAUGGUUAGACUAGAGCGGCAGACUUGGGAAUUCUUUUUAGCAGAGUUUAAGAAGAAAUAUAUUGGGGCCUUAUAUAUAGAGGAGAGAAGAAGGGAAUUUUUAUACCUCAGACAAGGCAGGCUUACAGUAACUGAGUAUGAGCGAGAAUUUGGAACUCUCAGUUUUAGUAGAGACAGCCCACAGUCUGGAGCGAAUAAAGAAGAAGAGCAAAGUAGAAGGCAGAAAGGGCAGCAGAAGAGGAGCCAGAGCCAAUAUCAGGGACAAUCCUCUGCAUCUCAGACAAGUAGUAAGAGACAGAGGGAAUUUCAGCAGACAGGGCAGAGAGGGCCACCUAGGCAGAUUCAAAGACCUGGGCAAAGUUCAGUAGUGAGGUCUGGACAGCAGACAACCUCAGUAUCCAGUACAGGAGGACCAGGUAGAGGGUUGCCACCUGUAUGUGAGCAUUGUGGCAGGCGACAUGGUGGAGUAUGCAGGAGAUUAACUGGGGCUUGCUACUUAUGUGGAAGCUCAGACCACUUUAUGAGGGAUUGUCCUAGAGGCCAGUCAGUGCAGCCUAUACAGACAGAGAGAUCUUUGCCGACAGGGUCUAGAGGCAGAGGUAGAGGUAGAGGUGAAUCUAGCAGUGCUCAGAGUCACAGAGUAUCAGAGACAGUAGAUAGACCAGACACUAGAGCACCUGCCAGGGCAUAUGCUAUUCGUGCAAGGGAAGACCAGGACAAACCAGAUGUUAUUGCUGGUGAAGGAACAUCAAAGGGAAAGGAGAUAGCUAGAGAUUAGAAGAGGAAAAGAAAGGAGGAAUUCAAGAAAGGUUGUAGAUAAAAUAGGGCAACAGAAGUUAUCAGAGAUCUACAUCAGAUAUCAAGGCCAUCAUCAUAGCUGGUUGUUUUGAGUCUCGGAGUCAUAGUACAGUUUUAUUUUGGCAUGUACAUAUUAAAUAGAGUGAGUUGUGAAGGUUAUGUAAAUCAAAGAAUAGUAAGAUAUCAAGUGACAGUUGUUA